CUCUCGCUCUCGUGCGCGUACAAAAGUGUACACGAUGGCUCCUUUUGCGGCGGCGACGGCGACGGCGACGGGGCUACGCUCCACUCUCUCCCUAUCUCCUCGGAACCCUAGAUUCGACGCCGCACCCAAAACCCUACUCUCCUUCUCCUCUUCGAUCGCAGUCUCUUCUUCUUCUUCUUCUUCGACCGCUUUGGUGGCGGCGAGGAACGGGCGAUCGAUCUCCGCGGUCGCCGCCGCCGCCGCCACUGGUGGCGCGGGCGGGGGUGCGCGGCGGUUGAUGGGGUCGCUCACCAACACCAGUGGAUUGAGGUUUGCGGUGGUCAUAGCACGGUUCAAUGAGAUAGUAACAAACAGACUCUUAGAGGGAGCUUUAGAGACCUUUAGGCGAUACUCUGUUAGAGAAGAAGAUAUUACAGUGGUCAGUGUUCCUGGUAGCUUUGAAAUUCCUGUCGUUGCUCAGCAGCUGGGAAAGUCAGGAGAUUAUCAUGCAAUCUUGUGCAUUGGAGCUGUGAUUAGAGGCGAUACAACUCACUAUGAUGCUGUUGCGAAUUCAGCAGCAUCUGGAGUACUCUCUGCUGGAUUAGCUUCAGGAGUCCCAUGCAUCUUUGGUGUUCUGACCUGCGAUGACAUGGAACAGGCUUUAAACCGAGCUGGCGGUAAAUCCGGAAAUAAGGGUGCAGAGACUGCUCUAACUGCAAUCGAGAUGGCUUCGCUAUUUAAACACCAUUUGAGCUGAUAAUAGGCGUGAUGCCCGAAAAUUCUCGCCGUCGCUGUUUACUUGUCUUCGUCAUUAAUUUUGACUAGUAGAGUUCAUUUGUAUCCUCGGGCUUAUGCUCUUUCUUUAUCUUUUCUCAUCCUUCACUGAAACUAUUUGUAGAAAAUUUUUCAAAACUACUUUAGCUCAUAUUUAUGUUGUAAAAUCCUUUGGUGAGGUGAAGAUUUUCUUUUUUUCAAUAAUGGCUGCUAAUAACUGCUGAGCAGACACUCUUAUAAUGAAUUGUUAUUUUUGCGAAAGAUUUUCGAUUUGAUAAUGAUGCUUGAAGCUUGA